AAUUACGUUGGGGAAGAUAGGUCAGUGUGUUUGGGGGGGGAUUAUUGGACGUAAAGUUUUAUUUAUCAUGAACGUGUUCUUCUUAAGUUUGUAUAUGCUGGGUUUAUGUCCAAGUGUCUGUUGAUGGCGUUAUCAUUUGAUAGCCAAGAUUCGGCCAGUUUUCUGUCACUUUUAGUAUUGCCUUAAAUCUUACUUGUACAUUGUCCCAGUUAAAUGUAUGUCCUGUUGAUUUUGUAUGUGUAUAGAUUGAACAUCUUCAUUGGUAGUAACAGACCUCAGGAAUCAAUUUUGGUUUUGCCUCGGGGUCUUCCUGCCAGAGUUUCCUCCAGCUGCUCUGCUUUCUUGCCACAGUUGAAAGACAUGCAGGUUUGGUGUAUCUAUGAUACGAAAUUAGCCGUGAUUUGUGUGUUUUCAUCUCUGUAUGUUUACCCUGUGAUACACUGGCACCAUGUACAGAGUUGUGUUCUCUGGUAUUGGCUCCAGUUUACCCAGGACCCCUAGUCUUCAUAAGUAGGUUUGAAAAAUAGAGUAUUAUUUUAACAAUAUGUUUGUCUUCCACUUUUCUUUUUCAGUAGUAUUCAUCUGAGACGUGCUCGAUUGGAAACAAAAACAAAAAAAGUGAAUUAUUACACGUCACCCUGAAUCUGACUCGGGUUUAGCUGUGGUAACACAGAAUUCCAAGCCGGGGUUAAUGGCAGUGAGGUUAACGGGGCGAUGGCUACACUCCACUGCCCAUUAUGGAGAUGGCUGCUGUUCAGAAGGUUGUCAAGUAUUAAACUGUACGGGUUCUCAACCCCUUUCCCUGAUCUUGCUACUCCUAAAACAGAAAUGGCAAAAAGAAGUAAAUUAGAACACAUAGGUGUAUUUUUAACAUUCCCGAUUUGUACACAGAGGACCACGAUUUAAGUAUAAAAGUCCGAGUUUGAGGAAUGAGGGGGAUGCGACGGGCUGUGUCUAUGAGCUGAACUUUUGGUUGUGAUGAGGACAGAGAAAAAGGAAGGGACUGAAGAAACCUUAAUAAUUCUGCGUUUCUGUUUGGAUUUGAACAAAUUUAUUGGAUUAGGAAUUGUGAACAGCCAGCAUGUGUUUUAUGGCACAAUUUUAUGGGUUAUUUAUUUAUUUAAAUUGCACUUUUUGAAUGCAGUUUAUAUAGUCUGUGUUUGGAGCUAACUGAUAUUCUUUUGACGAGUAAGUCUCAUGCUCGUUUACUCCCUCGUUCACCCUGGUCCAGCCUCAGUCAUGAUUAUCAACUAUUGAUUACCCCCUGGGUUCAAAGGAGGUGCUGCCAGCUGUAGGCAACUUGCACAAGCAAAUUUGUUGCAAGAAGGUUUAAGUCAAAAUACAUGUUUGGAAUACACAACUAGACACCUGACAGGUGGAUUAUACAACACAACUUUUUUGUUUUUAUUGAUAUUUUGAUAUUCUUUGCUGUUGGUUCACCUUGGAUUUCCACUAAAGUUCAUUGUAUUAGGAAUUUUGUUAUCUCUGUUUUCCAUAAAAAUAACAUUAACAUUUUUUCCUUAGCCAUCAGUAUAUACAACACAGACAGUAACUGAUUAAAAAAAUAUAUAUAAUUUUUAAUGGGAGCAUUCCGUUAAGAUGAGUUUCAGGCAAAUUGGCAAAUCAUUCCAUGUUGAAAGAGCGGACCACAACUGUACUUGUGUCUUAGAUUGCCAUUGUUGAUAAGGAGUCGGGAAUAAAAUGAAGGCAAAACCAUGGUAAGAAAGUCUUCAGACCCUUUAACGUUUUUUCAUAUUUUGUUAUAUUGCAGCCUUGUGCUGUUACCUUGUAAGUUCACUGUUUCCUUCAUCACGCUGCACUCAGUAGCUCAGAAUGACAAAGCAAAAACAGGAUUUUAGGAAUUUUUGCAAAUUAAUUACAAAGAGAAAAACUAAAACAUUACAUUGACAGAAGUAUUCUGAUCGUUUGCUUGGCUCAAAAGUAUCCCAUUCUAUUGAUCAUCAUUGAGAUGUUUCUACUCCUUGUUUGGUGUCCACCAGUGGUUAAUUCAGCUGACUGGAUCUGAUUGGGAAGGACACACACCUGUCAACAGAGGGUCCCACGGGUGAGCAAAACCCAAGCCAUGGCGUCAAAGGAAUUAUCUGCAGAGCUUAGAGACAGGAUUAUGUUAAGGUACAGAUCUGGGGAAGGCUGCAGUAUUGAAAGUUCCCAAGAGCUCAAUGGCCUCCAUUACUCUUACAUAGAAUAAGUUUGGAAAAACCAAGACUCUUCCUAGAGCUGGUUGCCCGGCCAAACUGAGCAAUUGGGCAGUUUAAUAGGAGAGAUGAUCAGAUACCCAACUCUGGUUGAUCCCAAGAGACUGUGAAGAUGGGAAAACCUUCCAGAAGGGCAAACACCACUGCAACACUCCAUCGAUCUGGGCUUUAUGGCAGAGUGGUUAGACAACACAUGUAAGUUUGCUUGGAGGUUACACCUAAAGGACUCUGAAACUCUGAGAAACAAGGUUCCCUGGUAUAAUGAGACCAAGAUUGAACUGUUUGGCCACAGUUCUAAGUGUCACAUCUGGAAGUAACCAGACACCACUCAUCCAAUGUGCAAUAAGAUUGCAAUGGUGAAGCAGGGUGGUGGCAGCACCAUACUGUGGGGUUGUUUGUUUUUUUCUAACAGCUGGGACUGGAAGACUAACUGGGGUUGAGGAAAAGUUAAACAGAGCAAACCACAGAGGCAUCUUUAAUGAAAUCCUGUGGACCUCAGACUGGACCAAAAGGUUCACAUUCCAACAUGACAAAGCAGAGACAAUACAGGAAUAGCUUAGGGACAAUGCCCCUGAGUGGACCAGCUGAACCUGGACUGGAAGAUCUCUGAGGCGACCUGAAAAUAGCUGUUCAUCAAUGGUCUCCAACCUGACACAUCUUGAGAGGUUACAUCAAAUCCAAGAAAACUCCAGGCUGGAAUUGCUACUAAAGGGGCUUCAAUGCAGUACUGAGUAAAGGGGUGUGAACAUUUGUGCCAAUGGGAUAUUUCAGAUGUGUAUGUUUUUUGGUUUUAUUUUUAAUAUACAAAACAUUAUUCUUUUGUCAUUCUGGAGUAUUGAGUGUUGAUUUAGGAGGGAAUUUGUUUUGGUCAUAAGGCUGCAACAUAAAAAGAUAUCUAAAAAGUAAAGGGCUUUGUGAAGAUACGGUCUUUGGUUCAAAGGGGGUAUAGUUUUAAAGGCUCCAUCUUGAGCAAUUUAAAUUUCUGUACCUGUAUUGUUACAUCCCCUACUCUAGUCUGGCAUCAUUAAAAUGUCUGACUUAAAUGAGGAGAACAAUUACAAGAAACUGACAAAGCUUCAAGGUGUUUCUCAUUCAUCUCUAGUGCAACUAAAUCCUUUUCUUUCCACACAGAGAGAGAAGAUGUCAUUUCCUGUAACUGUUCCAGUCUAUGGAUGAGUCGGAGGAGGCCUGCAUGCAAUGGACAUAAAGACUAGAAAUAUUAAGGAGGAGGUGGACUGUGAAUGGGGUUGUGUCCACCCUGCUCAGGAGAACUUUUCCAUUAAAAAUGAGAAUUGUGAACAGGGGACAGUGCACUUUAAGGAAGAAACUGAUGAGAAACCUAUCAUCGGUGAUAUGCAGAAACAUAAAAUUAUGAACAGAGUGAAAAAUGAAGACCUUCAUUCAGGGUCCAUCUGUCAGCCCGGCUGUAAAGAUGGAGGUGUACAAGGAUUCGUCUCCCCUCAGAGUAGAAACUCUUCUGUUCAGGAGUAUUUUAUCAGUGUAAAGUCUGAUGUUAAUUUAGAUACAAGGACCAGUGAGGAAAUAUCAAGGAGAACACCAGGAGGCCAGCCACCAUCUACAAAUGAAUGUGGAGAAGAUACACAGGAGAGUCUCAGGUUUUCUCCAUCUUUAUCUAUUCAGUCUACAAUUCAGCAGACGCUGCAUGAUGAAGAUAUGAAGAAAUCAACAUCUGAGCCACACACUUCGUCACCAGCCUCUUUGCAGUUCAUUUCUAUGCCUGCUGUGAAAUAUACAAAAAUAGACAGAGCUAAAACUUCAGAACAGGAGCAAAAUUCUAAUUCAGGAGCUUUGUUGAUAUGCCAAGAGCAAAGGAAAUGUUCUAAAAGGAAAUCCAAAUAUGAAGGACAUCAGUUGAACUUUGCAAGGCAACAGACAUAUAACUGUUCUGAAUGUGGAAAACAGUUUUCAAAAAAGGAAUAUCUUGAGACCCACCAAAGAGUUUAUACUGAAGAGAAACCAUAUUGCUGUUCAGAAUGUGGCAAACAGUUCUCUUACAAGAGCAGCCUUAACACCCACAUGAAAACUCACACUGGAGAGAAACUAUAUUCUUGUGCUGAAUGUGGUAAGCGAUUUUUAAAAAACAGCCAUCUUCAGAUGCACACCAGAAUUCACACUGGAGAAAAGCCAUAUUGUUGUCCUGAAUGUGGUGGAAGAUUUCGUGUCAAGAGCAAUCUUCACAGUCACAUGAAUUGCCACAUUGGAAGGAAGCCAUAUUGCUGUGCUGAAUGUGGAACACAAUUUGCGCAAAGCAGCCAUCUGGAAAACCACAAAAGAGUUCACACGGGAGAGAAACCAUAUUGCUGUUCUGAAUGUGGAAAACAAUUUUCACAAAUCGGUGCUCUUCAGACCCACACAAGAAUUCAUACUGGGGAGAAGCCGUAUUGCUGCUCCGAAUGUGGCAAACGAUUCUCGGAUAAGAGCAGCCUUAACUUUCAUAUGAGAACUCACACGGGAGAAAAGCCAUAUUGCUGUUGUGAAUGUGGAAAGCGAUUUUCACAAAUGAGCAAUCUGAAGAACCAUGAAAGAAUUCAUACUUCAGAGAAGCUAUAUAGCUGUUGUGAAUGUGGCAAACAGUUCUCUCACAGGAGCCGACUUAACAGCCACAUGAGAAGUCACACAGGAGAGAAGCCAUAUUGCUGUUCUGAAUGUGGGAAACAAUUUUCACAACAGGGAAAUUUACGUAGACAUACAAAAAAUUCACAUUAGAAAGAAGCUACAUUGCUGUUCUGAGUAAGGAAAAACAAUCAUCAUGAGUGAGCUGUCUUCCGAAGUACACAAAAAUUCACACCACAAAGAAAUCAUACUUCCCGGGUUUGCAUGUUCUCCCCGUGUCUGCGUGGGUUUCCUCCCACAGUCCAA